AUGUCGGCUUCGACGCUGCUAAACUGUCACGGUGGCAUGGAGCGUCUCUUAGCUAACAAUAAACACACUACUGACACCAACAGCACUACCACCACCACCAUCACUACUGACACCAUUAGCACUACUGACACCAACAGCACUACCACUACCACCAUCACUACUGACACCAUCAGCACUACUGACACCACCAUCACUACUGACGCCCCCAUCACUACUGACACCAUCACCACUACCGCCACCACCAUCACUACUGACACCAUCAGCACUACUGACACCAACAGCACUACCACUACCACCAUCACUACUGACACCAUCAGCACUACUGACACCACCAUCACUACUGACGCCACCAUCACUACUGACACCAUCAGCACUACCACUACCACCAUCACUACUGACACCAUCAGCACUACUGACACCAUCAUCACUACUGACACCAUCAGCACUACCACUACCACCAUCACUACUGACACCAUCAGCACUACUGACACCAUCACUACUGACACCAUCAGCACUACUGACACCACCAUCACUACUGACACCAUCAGCACUACCACUACCACCAUCACUACUGACACCAUCAGCACUACUGACACCAUCAUCACUAUUGACACCAUCAGCACUACUGACACCAUCAGCACUACCACUACCACCAUCACUACUGACACCAUCAGCACUACUGACACCAUCACUACUGACACCAUCAGCACUACUGACACCACCAUCACUACUGACACCAUCAGCACUACCACUACCACCAUCACUACUGACACCAUCAGCACUACUGACACCAUCACCACUACCACCACCACCAUCACUACUGACACCAUCAGCACUACUGACACCAACAGCACUACCACCAUCACUACUGACACCAUCAGCACUACUGACACCACCAUCACUACUGACGCCACCAUCACUACUGACACCAUCACGAGAUCUAGGCGUCAAGCCACCGAGGCUGAGGCGUCCACAUCCUGUGCCAAAGAGCCCCGUUGUGUGAUUGAUGCACUUCAGGACACAUUCUGCUACAAAUCCACCAACUCUGGGCUGCAAGCUCUCAAAGCUCUAGCGCCACCAAGAAGUCAAAAUUUGGCCAAAUUUCAAAGAGUGUUUGAGAACGGACAAACAGAGCUGGAGGACAGAGAAUGCGAAGAGAAAGAGAUCAUGAAAGACAUACAAACGACUGUAGACCAAGAAACACAGUACCCUUUAGAUCCUGAAAACUUCCACAUUAAAAACGAGGACGAUUCCAGCGCAGGGGAUGUGGGUGGAAGUCAGGACGCACAGAAAGAAGACAGUGAAGAACAUAACGGGAAAAACCUGAACAGCCCGACUGCGUCCGAGGAGUGGGACGGCCCGAGAAGCAGUGUGAUGCCGGUGAUAGUGAAGUACUUGUUCCCUCCUCUGUUUCAGGUACCGUUGGUUCUGACUGGAGGUCCACAAUGGCUGAUGAAUGUGACGGGGGUCAGCGCAGAGGACUCCAGCAGUAACUGUGUGGUUUACAGUAAAGGAGGACAUGUGUGGUGCUCGACCACGAGAAGCAUUAUUGAGGGAGAAGAACUCACAGUGUGCGUGGUGGACGUAACCUCAAGACUCUCAUCCAUCCAGCUCCUACCUCAACAAGCCUCCAUGGCGUCCGUUCUCCCUAAUGCUAUCAUCAACAAAGACAUUUUCCCCUGUAAGACGUGUGGGAUCUGGUUCAGGAGUGAAAGGAACCUCCAAGCUCACCUCAUGUACUACUGCAGUGGACGGCCGAGGGAAACCGAGCUGGCUUCAGAGAAACAGACCAACACCAGCCAUCAGAUGUCCCGUACCUGCACUUACCCACAAUGCAAUAUGAGCUUCCUGGGUCCACAGGCUCUAAAAAUGCACCUGUCCACACAUUCUGCUUUCAAGACUGCGGAGACAUCUCCUGGAAGCAGUUUGAAAUGCACGAUUUGUGACUACACGGCUGACACGCUGAUGGUCCUGCAGCCCCACAUCCUCACUCACCUGUCUCAAACAGGAUUCCGGUGCAGUCAGUGCCACUUCACCUUCCAAACGCCUCGGGAGCUAUCAAAACACCAAGAGCUGCACAGACACGGUGGUCUGGAUAGCAAGUCGACUACUAAAGAGAACCAAUCUGAUCACUCGGAGUCCCUCGGUGUUACAAGUCCGACGGAUAAUAAACGCGUCGUAGACAGUCCGGUUCAUCAGAGCGCAGAGCAAGAGAACAGCGAACAAGCGCAAGGCGCUAGCAAGGCCGAAGCUGGGUCUGGAAUCAAAGCUGGUUUAUCACACAGUAGAGUAAAAUCAGAGCCCUCCAGCCCUCGUUUGGCUUCUUCUCCAAUCCAGAAUCAUAUGACCCCAGCAUUUCCUGUGCCACCCUUCCUGCCUCAUGUGCCAUUCUCGCAGGAUAUACCCGCAGUCCCACAGGCUUCUGAAAUACUGGCUAAAAUGUCCGAGCUGGUCCAUCGCAGGCUACGUCACGGAGGCACCAAUUUCCCCCCAGUGAUGUACGGCACACUGGUUCCAAAAGGAGCAACGUGCUUCGAGUGCAACAUCACAUUCAGCAACCUUGAUAACUAUUUAGUGCACAAGAAGCAUUACUGUAACGGUCGCUGGCAGCACAUGAGCAAAUCUCAUGAUUACAGCAUUUUGGACAAAGCCGCAGUGAGCCCUAAAACUGGGGGUGGUUUAGCUAGCAUGCUGAAUGCUGGCCAUCCGUUUGAGGUUAAAGGUCAUAAUGCCACUCAGUUCAGUACUUCUCGAGCCGAGCCUUUCAGUACAGGAGGGAAAGCACCGGAGGAAUUUCCAGUUUGCGGCAAAAAAGCGUCGACCCCGUGUGACGCUGCGGAGGAAAGACCGAACAGCAUCCUGUUAGACUCGAAGAGUCCGAAAAUGUCAGAGAGUGAGCUGGACAACAAUCAGACGACGUGUGAGGCGUGCAAGAUCACGUUCGGCCGACAUGAGAACUACAUGGUGCACAAGCAGUACUAUUGCGCCACCCGUCACGAUCCGCCCGCGAAACGAGCAGCGAACAACAAACACGUUCAGAAGUCGUUUCGGACCCGAAAGAGAAGAAAGAUGCCAAGUCCGGAUCCAGCGGUGUCUCAGUCCUAUCCUAUCAAUAGUUCCUAUAUGUCCCAGGAUAUCACAGUAGAGAGUUUCAAGGAUGUGCUUCAUCAGCGGUACAGCAUGAUCCAGGGUUUGGUUCCGAAGCAUCCUGAACCUUCUUUGACAGUUACAAAAUCAGCUCUCGUAUCAAAGUGUAAUGCGAUAGCCGAAGAGGAAGGUGACGCACCGAUAGAUCUGAGUAAAAAAUGCACAUUGCAGUUUGGUAAAGUUUCAGGACUCAUGGACUAUCACGAAUGCGCGAUGUGUAAAAUUAGCUUCAACAAAGUUGAAGACUACUUGAGCCACAAGCAGAACUUCUGCCCAGGUGCAGUCUUGGAGAACAAUGCUCCAAGCAUAAAGGAAGAAGGUUCUAGAAACGGAAAUGCCCCUGAUAGUUUCAAUACUUCUGCAUCUGCUGAAAAGCAACCGUCCGUAAACGAUGAACACAGCAUGAUGGAUUCCGAUAACUAUCCGGGUGGUGUUAAGAAAAUCAGACCAGAUGAGCAGAUCUGGCCGUACUAUGAGAUUAAACCCGCUGACUACGCCACAGGGAUUUUCGUUCCACAGAGUGAGAGGAGGCAAAGCCCAAACGAGGGCACCGAAGGCGAAAAAGAGCAACCGAUGCCGGACGGUAGCCAUGUUGGCUCGGAGAAUAUGGGGAACCCAAAAUUAAAGUCUUUCGACUCCGGUAUCCAGGGUGACGACAAGCAAGGAAACGAUUCUUGUAGCACUUCAACCCCAAACGUCCACUACGCGGCUUGUACCCCAGAUCAAGAGGGUGCCAUAAAACCCAAAGAGAGCGUCUCUCCUUCGCCAGCCUCCAACGUGGAGGAGAUCUCGAGCUUGAAAAGGAGUACGAACGGAUCGAUCUCGGCAGCGGUUAACGGCAAAUACUGCCGUCCCUGCGACAUCCAGUUCAACAACCUGUCGAACUUUAUAACACACAAAAAGUUUUACUGCUCGGCACACACUACUGAGCACGUGAAAUGA